CCAACUCGCGCACAGACUGUGGAAAAUUGGAGGCAGAAGAUGGCUGACUCAACCGGGCAUCGCGCACCUUCAACGGCAUCACCAACUUCACCCAGGCUAUCCUCACGAUUGACACCCGUCGCUACACAGCUGUAAAAAAAGCAGCCCCACCGGACACCCCAUUGGGCUGCCACCACCGCAAAUAUUGACAGAAAUAAUAGAAAAAAUGGCAGAGAUGGAGAAAGAAGGCAGACCCCCAGAAAAUAAAAGAAGCAGAAAACCGGCUCACCCGGUGAAAAGGGAAAUCAACGAGGAGAUGAAGGUGCGAGUCGGGCAAGGUCAACUACAGGCAAGCGAGGCGGGGAAUCUCCAUGGCAACCCGCCCUACUCCAUGAUUGCGGUUGUUUCCGUGUCUCUCCUGCAGAGUUUUGCUGAGAACACCAUGAACGAGCUGCUGGGAUGGUACGGGUACGAUAAGGUGGAGCUCAGAGACUCUGACGACAUCGAGAUCCGGAACUACCCUGAUGGAGAGGCACGGCAGCACAUCUCUGUCCUGAAAGAAAACUCUUUGCCAAAAGCCAAGGGGCUGGAUGAUAGUGCCGGCUCCCCGACAAACGCCAACAGCUCCCACGCUGUGCCCACCCCCAGGAACGGAGUGAUGGAGUCAUCCAGCGCCCCUUCCUCCUCGUCCAGCAGUGCCAAGGAGCAUGGGAACGUCCCCAUCAUCGUGCCACUGAUCCCGCCCCCACUGAUCAAGCCACCAGCAGAGGAGGAUGUGUCCAAUGUGCAGAUCAUGUGCGCGUGGUGUCAGAAGGUGGGGGUGAAACGUUACUCCCUCAGCAUGGGCAGCGAGCUCAAGAGCUUCUGCAGCGAGAAGUGCUUUGCCGCCUGCCGCCGGGCCUACUUCAAACGCAACAAGCUGGGAUAUUUAAGGAAUUAUCCUGCGAGAGAUGACGACGGCCAUGGUGAGAAAUUGCCCCAGCACAGCUAUUCUCAGGACACGCCCAGGCUUGUCUUCAAGAUUAACAGCGAUGUUCUUGUGUGUGACUGGUGCAAGCACAUCCGCCACACCAAGGAAUACCUGGACUUUGGUGCAGGAGAGCGCAGGCUGCAGUUCUGCAGUGCCAAAUGCCUGAACCAGUACAAGAUGGACAUCUUCUACAAGGAGACCCAGGCGGCCCUGCCAGGAGGGCUGUGCGCCCAAGGGCACCCCGCCAUGGAGAGCAAGCCAGAGAGCAGCGGAGGGGUGCAGCUCCUCACCCCUGAGUCCUGGAACACCCCGCUAGGUGACCUGCGCCGGAAGGCCCCGUCUCCGGCAGGUAGCAGUGUGGCGGGGUCGGCGGCCAUCGCGGGUCCAUCGGGGUCCACUUCGGCCUCGCCCUCCGAGUCCAGCGGCGUGGUCUGCUCCUCCUCGUCCUCUGCCAAAAUCCCCACCCCGGGACCUCGGCCCCACGAUAGCCCCACGCUCCCCCCGCCUGUGCCCACCCUGCACCCGCCCAUGGGGGUCCCGCCGGGCAGCCCCCCUAUGGUGAUGACCCCCCGCGGGCCUGUGCCCCUGCCUUUCUUCAUGGAACACCAAAUGAUGCAGCAGAUCCGGCCCCCUUUCCUCAGAGCACCCCACACGCCAGGCCCCAACAGCCCCCUGCCCAAUCCCAUGAUCCCCGGCAUCGGCCCACCCCCGCCCCCACCCCCGAGAAACUUGGGGCCCCCUUCUAGCCCCAUGCACAGGCCUAUCCUCUCCCCACACAUCCACCCCCCCUCCACCCCCACCAUGCCCGGCAACCCCCCAGGCCUGAUGCCCCCUCACCCAGGCACUCACAUGCCCGGCCUGCCUUUCCCCCCGGUCAACAUGAUGCCAAACGGACACCUCCCCAUGCCACCUAUGAUGAACUUCGGGGUGCCUUCCCUCGCCCCCUUGGUGCCCCCUCCCACCCUGCUGGUCCCAUACCCCGUCAUCGUCCCUCUGCCUGUGCCCAUCCCGAUCCCCGUCCCCAUCCCAUUCAGCCCCAAGGCCUCGGGCGAUCGCCCCGGCAACGGUGACACCAUUCCAAGCGGGUCGGGGGAGGGGGGUGAGUCCAAGGACCCCGGACUGUUUUCCCCUGGCUCCUCCAGAGGGGACGGCGGGGAUUCCAAACAGGGACCCUCGAAAGCUAAUGAACUGUCCCCCGGGUUCUCCGGCCACCUGGUCACCCAGUCUCCCCCAGAACAGGACAGGACUGAUGUUGUGGAUCUGACCGUGAAGGCGGAGAGCCCGGAGAAGUCGCGCCUCUCGCUCUCUGCCCCCCCUGCUGUGCCCCAGGACGGGGUGAUAGACUUGACGCUGGGGCGGCGUUCGCGCCUGCAGCAGGUGAUCCAGAGGGCGGUGCCCAGCGUGCAGGUGAAGGCGGAGCCAGAGCCCCAGAGCGUGCUGAACCUGGCCUUCCUGGGUGACACGGGGAACGUGAGUGGCUGUGGAGGGGAGGGGGAGGAGCACAGAGACGCCGGCAGCCCCCUGGAUUCAGUCACCCUGCCUUGCGGUGACCCCGCCUACUGCGGAGCCACGCCCCCCAUGCCCGUCCCGCACCCUCCGCACCCUGCCCCUGCCCCGCCCAACAGCGCCGGGGCCGAUCCCGGCCACGCUGCCCCUUGCAAUGUCAUCGUCAACGGCACCCGGUCACCGGACGGGCCUGGCAGGAGCGUCCCGCCCUCGGAGCAGCGGCCGGACCCCGCCCGGAGAGCGACCCCGCCCGAGGAGCCGGCGGUCAGCGAGCUGGAGUCGGUGAAGGAGAACAACUGCUCGGGCAUGGAGCUGGACACAGGUAAGAAGGCCCCGUCGGAGGAGGCCGGGGGCGGUGGGGACAAACAGGACCCCAACCCGGCUGACGAGGAUCAUGCCUACGCCCUGCCCCUGCUCCCCAAGGCGGGCUGUGUCAUCCAGCCUGUGCCAAAGCCCGCGGACAAGACUGCCAUCGGCCCCUGCGGCCUGGCCACUCCGCUCACCGGCCCCGGAGCCCCGGACCUCGAGCCGCCAGUAAAGAGGAGGUGCCUGCGAAUUCGCAAUCAGAACAAAUAGAGGCAACAGCUGUGGUGAAAGACAGCGUUUCACUAACGGGGUGAAGAGAGAUGCACCAUGCCCAGUGCCACGCCCUGCCCCACUGUGGACAACACCAGCUCCCCCUCCUCCCCACUCUGCAGUCCUCUCCCAGCCAACCAGCACUUAGAAAAGCUCCACCUUGCACCACCAUUGGACAGGGAACCACUCUGUCACCUUCAUCCCAAUCACAGCACAGCCCGUUGUCCCUUCUCGGAGCAAUUUCUAGUGGGUCCUGUAAACUCCAGCCUGCUGCCUGGUUCCUCUCUCUCUCUCUCUCUCUGUCUCUCUCUCUCUCACAGAAUCCAUCAUAGUGAUGCUGGAGAUAUUCCCAUAUUCCCUCACCCCCCCCACCCACAUACACACACCCUGGAUUUCUGUGACAAAAUGACUGGAGCUCUCAGAAAUGCGUAAAUAUGGGGGUAUCAGCUAGCCUAAACACGCUCCCUCAUCCUGGGGAAAAGUAUAAUUUCUCUCUGGUCCUCUCUUACAAAGACCCAGAUUGUUCUUUAUUUCCAGCACUGUAUCUCCAGUAUGGCUUUGUGUGGACUGACCCACUCGAGGGGGACUGGGCAAAGUUGAGACUUAUGGGUUUCUAGUUUGACUGUGUGCCAAGAAAACUUGGUAAGUGUUCACUCUUCUCGGCUUUCCUUCUUAUUCCCAAUCCACCAACCCCUGCCCCCCUCCCAAACCACCAGAUCCAGGGUA